GUCAUUUUUAUUUUGUCCCCUCCCGAGCUGAGAGUUCUAUUUUUAAAUAAUUUUCUUUUUCGGGAUAGGUUUAGAGAAUCAUUUUCUAAAUAACAAUAUCGUGUGUGCCUAUGGUAGUUCCUUUGUUUCUAUUAAUUAGUCAGAUAACUUUACUGAAAGAAACAAAAAUACGUACUUGAAAAAUGGUUAAUUCGAGUUUAGCAUACGAAAUUCUGCUAUACAUAAAUUCAUUUUAUUUCGGUCUAUUUGCGACAUGUGAACUGGGUACUCUUAUUCUGAAGUCAGUGUUAAUUAUUGAGAAAUAUGAAGUAGACAAGGAUCCAACGAAAAUAGGGCGAGAUUAUGGAGUACUUGUUAGCUUAUUCAUUAUUGAAGCGGCCCGCCUUAUACUGGGGCGUAAAGGAAGUCUUAGUGAGAAAGAUCUACCAGUAAUAUUCUCAGUGCUACUGACAGUGCCAUCUAUAAUGGGUGUGAUGUACCUCCUCAUCUUCCAAGUUGUGGUCCUGAGAAUAGAGUACAUCUGGUGUACUCUAAUGCUUUGCAUCCAGAUGCUAGAAUUUGUAUUCGCGUCCAUGUUCAUAGUCUCCCUUUGUCGAGGACCCUCAUAUGACUAAAAAGUACAAUGUUGUAAUAAUAUGUACCUUCCACAAGGGACAGUGUGCCUUUAGCACUAUUUUUAGGCCAGUAUUGUUCACAAAAUUUUAUACAAAGAGUAUUUUAAGAAAUAAUCCCUAUUUACCUACUGUUAUCCUAAUUAUACUGCCUUCAGUGACAAAUAAUAAUUAAGUCAAAAAGACAGAGAUUCAUCUUACUUAAAAUUAAAAAUAAGACCAAAGAUAUAUGACUAUAUUAGCAUAAUAUUAAUGUUAUGACAUCAUUCUGUUUGAAUUUCAUAUCUGUUCAAAAUUCAUGACUCAUAAAAUUAUUUAUGGAAUGUGCAGGCAUUUGCAUUUUCUAAGAUGUGAUGCCAAGUUGAAUAACAUACAUAUUUUUUUAAAUAUGAAUAUAAAGCAAAGAGGUUAGUAAUAAGUAUUUUGUGCUAUUGCAGGCCAAUAUUUAAAGGCAAUUCUAGACAAAGCCUUGCAAUAUAGUGUUAUAAUAUUGAGUGUAAGCCUAAAUAUGAUGACUGGCUAAAUUUUUAAACAUUUUUAAUAUAUUUAUAAAGCUUUUGUGUUGUACUUUAGCCAGUAUAUUGCUUGAGUCCUGUUAUUUUACUAGUUAUUAAUACAUUUUGAAUUUAGUAAUGAAUGGAGAAAAAGAAACACUCUUUUUUACCGUUUCCAAAGUUUUAAUGUUUAUUACUUAUUGAAACAUAUUGUUAUUACUAUUUUAUCUACAGGAUAUAUUCUUGUUAAGCAUUUUUAUGAAGUUAUUCUGGUUGAAAAUACGUAUUUUAGAUGUGGCACAAGAUUUGGAAAUACUGUGUGAGGCACAAACACAUGUUAAACUGUUAUUUUGAAAGUAUUCUAUUCUGGAAGAAAUAUGAGUCCUUAUAAAACUAUUUUGUUACUUAUAUUACAAGACUGUGAACUUAUUUAUACCAGUUCACUAUUAUAGUAAAAAAAAAAACAUGUAUUUUAAUAAAUAAGUAUUUUAAGAUUUUAACUUCUAGUCAGUACUUAUGCAUACUCUUGCCAAAUCAGUUUUACAUAAAUGUAUGCAACACAAUCAUAACUAAAUAAUACAAUUUUUAAACAUUUAAUUUUUUACUUGACUAUAUUUUUAAAAUAGUAAUUUAACUGAUACUUUAUUAUACAUCUAUGUAAUAAUGCAUUACUGUAUUCUUAUGACACCUCAGCAAAUAGGACAGCUCUUAGAAUACUUCUAACACAACUAACUGUAAUGAACAUGUUCAUUUUAAAUUCAGUUUUGUAAAAUAAGAAACAUUGUAAUUUAAGAAUGCCAUAAAAGCCUUGCCCAUUGUUUGUGUCCAUCCGAUAAAUGUAACUUAAGUGAUAAAGUGGCCUUUAUUUAGAUAUUUAUACUAAAAUAGUUACUAUGAAAUCUUCCAUUGUUCAGUAGAUCACCAAGAGUUAUAUUUAAUGUGUGUGAUUUUAUUUACCAAUGUAUUAAGUGUUGUCUAUGUAAACUCUAGGUUUAAAGCCAAAUAUUUAUAACCAAUGAUCUAUAAAGCAUUCUAGUCCAAUCAGAUUAUAAUAUUUGAUUCAAAUAUUUAUUGAAAGUAUUAAAAAACAUUAAGUACUUACAGAUAUUACUUACACUUCUUGAAAUAAAUAUUGAUGCAAUAAA